GCAUUGGCCAUAUCACCCACCAGUGAAACCAAAAAAUAUUGUUUUAUUUCCACGACGGCGCUUACGAAUCAACCAGCAUCAUGUCCGAGGUAAACUUCUCCGCCCGUGCAUACUGCAAGAUGAUGCUGCACGCUGCCAAGUAUCCGCAUCUGGCCGUCAACGGGUUGCUGCUCGGCGAGAAGGGUGCUUCCGAGCCGAAGGUUCUGGAUGCGGUUCCGCUGUUCCAUCAGUGUCUGCACGUGACACCGAUGGCCGAGAUUGCCCUGAUUCAGGUGGAAGCCAAAGCCACCCAGCAGCGGCUGCAGAUCGUCGGUUACUAUGCGGCGGCCGAGAAUUUCUACGAUAACAGCCUGGAGAAGGCACCCGGCGGGCGUAUCGCGGACAAGAUUGCCGAAAACGCAGGCGGGGCCCUGUUUGCGGUGAUCGACAACCGUGCCGUUUCAAUCAACAUGUGUUACCCGGCGGUAAAGGUCUGGCAGCACCGGGAAUCUCGCUGGAACAAGGUUCCCCGGUGUACCGUCGAGAACGCUAAAAGCACGUUCGAUGCGGUGUCCACUCUACUGCAACGUGGUGCCAUGAAGGAACUGAACGAUUUCGACAACUAUCUCGAUAAUACCGAAAACGACUGGAACAAUGAGCAUCUGAAUCGAGAUUUGCCCCAAAUAUUGUCGAUGUAUUGAGAAAUCAUCGCUUUCUCCCGCGGGGGUGGCGCUGGCGUUAUGUGGUUUUGUGGUGGUAGUGCAAUUUCGGGGUGCAACAAACGAACCCCACUCUGUAUCGCUCGUAUUUUUAUAUUUAUCAUGGUAGUCAUACUCUGUAAUGAUAAUCGAUUUGUAUCACUAAUACCAAACGUAUAACAAUUCCUAUCGACAUUAAA